GUGUUGAUAGAAUAAAUAUAUAUAUAGAAGAAUAUGUACUGAGAAUAUUAUUUAUUAGUAUACAAAUUUCCAAAUUUAUUACUUGGUCUAGAUCCCUUAGUUUGGAGCCAAAUACGAAAACGAUAGCUAUCACUAUCAACAGACCAAACCCCAAUAUGAAACUACCAGUAUUAAUUGCUUUAUGUUUCUCAAAUAUUUAUUAUCCACGAAUUUCUUUAGGUUAGUCAGUUUAGUUAAAUAUUACCGAUAAGUGCUUUAAUACCAUGUUUAUUUAGAGGUCUACCUUGGAACGCUUUUAAAUUUUGUCAACAUAGCAUAUUCUUCUCCAAUAUCUUUUUUUUUUCAUGAAGAGCUGUAUUCCGUAUUAAAGUACUUACUCCUUUAGAUCCACAUUUGCAUAUUUUAUCAAAACUAUCAAACAGUCUCAUACCCUUUUUAUCGUGUUCUGUCCGUUUGAUUGAACCUUAGCAACAAUUGAAACCUAGUUAAAAAAAUGUUUGAGGAAGAAUCUCCCUUAUCAAGUCCAAGGGGGAUUCCUAUUGCUCCCUUAUUAAACGGUGAUAACACCAAUGCUUUAGGUCAACAACUCAGCGAUAUCUUUUCUAACCUCAUUUCCUUGCCAGAAUCACGCCCGAUGCGGAUGGAGGAGUGUUUGAACGCGCUGAUGGAUACACUUUUCGCGCACGCCAACACUAUAGCCGGGGAUGAGAGAUUACAGCGGAUCCUCCUUCGCUUAGUGGACAGCGUCUUUGACGCCUCAACGAGUAAAGGCUGUCGGGUCUUCGACGUCGUCUUCGACCUCCAGUGGCGCGAUCUCCAUGAGAAGCGCAACCGCUGUCUCUCCCUUCUGCUCAACCACGCCUUGAAGACGGAGUCCAGCGCGGACUGCCAGGAGAUCCUCGAGACUGCGGCGGAGGUCCUGAAGGAGCACGCGCUCUCCACCACUGACCUCAUCGAGGAGCACCUCUCCAAGCUCACGAGCAUUCUCAAGACCUCCCCCGUGGCGACCCGCCGGGCCGCGAGCUGUCAUAUCUUGACCAAGUUCAUUGCGACCUCGGCACCGAUCCUCAAGCGCAACCCCGCCCAGCUGGAGCUGCUCAAGGCGGUCUGCCUCCCCUCUGCCCUCCUGCAGGCCGAGGUGGAGACGACCAACGACUGGUACCGAACGGCGGCGAUCGACCUGCUGAGCACCAUGGUCACGGAGAGCUGCUAUGAGGUCUCCGUCCCGAUGGCCACGCAGAUCGCGGAGAUGAUGACUCACUAUAUGGCCACCGUCGCCGGGGAGACCCAGCUGAAAGGGGUCUUGUACGUGCUCUCCAGCAUGGCCACCGCGCCGGGAUUCCGAAGCGCGGCCUGGAACCUCCCCGCGAUCGCCGAUUUUUUAAUGGAGAGCGAUUGGUCCUUCGUCUCGAAACAUACAAAGGCCGUCCUCGCGUACACCACCGGUAAAGUCGCGUAUGUUUUGUUUAGCGAGGAUGAUGCCCUGUACGAGCGCCUGUCGGCCAGGGUGCUACAGUUCACCGAAUCGGACGAUCUUGAAGUAGUGUCUCAAUCUUUGGAUGUGAUUAUAGAGGCAUUAAAGAGCGAACGUGGGCUCAGUAAUGUAUCUUCCUGCGUAGAGGCAAUGGGAAAUUGUAUUUAUCAUAUCGUGCCAUACACGCCAAAAAUUUUUGAGGUAUUGGUGCUGAUACGAUCUCGAUACGGCGAGAACGCAAUUGAUCCCAUUUAUUCAAUCGUAGAUGUGUAUAUGAAUUCCGAAGACGAUUUUGUCAACUAUGGUAAGCUUAAUGCUCUGAUUCGUUUUAAAGGGAAAAAGCUGGAUCUUAACCGUCCAGAGUUUCAGGCGCUCCCGAUUAUCCUAACUAUUGAGAUGACAGAUCCGGUUUUGAUUCGUUCGCUGCCCAUGCUAACGACGCUAGAGCGGACGAAUCAGCUUGAGGAUGCGGUUGAGAUGCUCUAUCAUGACACCCCCGCUGUGCGUCUUAGCGCGCUCGAAACUGUCAUAGGACUGUGUGAAAUCAUUUUAUCGAAAGAGAAUGAUUUAAACUUGACAAACACAGAGUCUUUUAUGGAAAGUCCACCACCGAUGAAUCUUCGUGUUAACUACGCAGUGGAAAGCAUUUUAGAUGUUGUCGUGUCCGAUAGGGAUUCAAAUGUCCGGCACAAAGCAUUGACACUUCUUUCACCACCUUUUUAUCCGUAUCUCUGCUUACCAGAUAAUUUGGAUGCAAUCUAUAUCGCUAACAACGACACGUUCAAGGCUGUGCAGUACGAAUCGCUGAUUUUACUCUGUAGACUAUAUCUCCAUUACCCAGGCAAUAUCCAUCCACAGCUUAUGUGUUUGCAAGGUUAUAUAUUACGUGAUGUAGACGCUCUCAGCUCGUCAAUUUCUCUUUCCAUCUAUAGGAUUGGCUUACUGCAGGUAUGCAGCGACCACCAUUCUCUUUUGCUUGAGCCGGAAUCGGUAGAAAAGGUAAUAUUGAAGCAUCUUAUUCAUCAACCAUUUGUUUCGAAGAAAUUAUCCAUCGCUUUGUUAGGGCUUCUUAAUUCCAUUUUAGAGCACUCCGGGCCAGACAAUCAUUGUGACUUUUCUGAAAUUUCAAAUUCUAUUAUUGAGUUCAUUAAUAGCAGCGAUUCUAGUUUACGUAGGCAGUGCGCGUUGAACACCCUUUGCUCCCUUUUGACGACACUCCAAAUCCCUGAUGACAAAAUCCUUAUAGAUAUCUACCGCAACAUCGUCCGUAUUAUUCGAUGGGAGGGUGAGGAGGAUGAUUACGUUGUUGUUGCCGCUAUGAAAGUGAUUGGCACUAUCGGUGCCGUCAACCCGGUUAAAAUUCGCCCUGUAUUAAGCGUCCUUGAUACUGAUGAGGUUCAAAAAGAAGUAGUGGUAACACCUGCGUUAACACACUUUAAACCUCAUUUUCGUUUGCACACGAAUAUGGCUGAGCGCUACCCAUCGGUGGUGCUUUAUUAUAUGGUCAAGGCGUUACAGCUGACAAUUGAUCCUAGACCGCAGGUUGAAAUCUUGGCGGCGGUACGCAGCAUGUUGCGGGAGAUCCCUGGAAACCAAGAAGCCCUGCUCCUCACGCAUCUAUUCCCGCAGCUGCAGAUGUGGCUUCGCGAGCUCGAUAAGACUCACCUGUACGAAACUACCUUGUUGCUUAUGAUAGACUUGGCGGUUCUUUUACGGCAGUACAAGGAGGUUGUUCCUCCAACUACAGGACGCAUGCUUCUGAAAUCUGUAAAACUUUUUUCUUCAAUGCCACAGGCAACCCAGAAGCCUCUGAACACGUACGUUGUCCAACUUCUCGAUGAGCUCGCCAAAGGCCUUCCAUCACAAGAGAUGCAGGAUCACCGCUGGGCGGUUGAGUUUAUUCAUCAGCGUCUUUUGCAGAAUAAAAAUGAUCUGGACCUUGUGCAUCGUGUGGUGAAGUCGUUAGAGUCCUUUUCAUUUGUUAUGCAUGAAAAAGACAUUCAGCUCAUUUUACCGCAUGUGCUGCGAUGUAUCGAGCCAGCCAAGGCCACGCCAGCCCUGCAACGACCUAAGAUGAAGGUUAUUAAUGAUGCUUGCUUCGAUUUUCUUAAUUACAUCAUGCUUAAAGAUACAUCUUUAAUUAAAGACUGUUGUGCUCAAAUUGUGCACAUCAUUUUGUGGUAUAUCGAGCUUUCCGACAGCGAGGAGGAGAUGAAUAUUGGGUUGGACACAUUGGCAAACCUGAUGAAUGUUUUGGGGAAGACAACUAAACGGUUUAUUAGACUCAUUGAUCACGUCUCGGCUCAAAGCGGUUUUCCCGAUGAUUAUUUCAAGAAGCUUGUGCAGUUGGCUGGAUCUGGAAUGAAGGUUCGCUUUCCAUUGACAAACAAUGUCGAUUUUAACCCGGACCUACCGCUGCGUGUGAUAUCUCAUCUGCCUCGACUUUCUCAGCAGGAUUUCAUAAAAGAACUCCAAUCCAUGUGUAACGUGACUGAUAAGGAUUGUGAAAUCCUUUCUGUAGCUCACAUCGAUGGACAGACAAUCAUCGACUUCCGCUUUACUACAGGUCCAUAUAAAAAUGCAUGGUUUAAUCUGUUCACACGAAAAGCACAGGAUCGGAAUUCAACCUUGCGGCGUAAAUUGGUCAUCCUGAAGGUUGAGCAAUGUGUUGAGAUGUUGCGGACUGUGGAUUGCGAUAUCAUCAACGCCAUUGCUAUGAUCCCUUCAGCUAAGACCUGCAAGCGCGAACAAUCGUGGAUCUCUUGGCUCCACAACACCUCCGUGCUGCUUUUGAGAAAUUCACCCUACUCACCGCUACGCGGCGCUGCGGUAAUCGCCGACCGCAAUCGAGAAUUAGCACGGGAUUUAUUUCCUUUCGCUGCGGUGGCUAUUAUCUCGAAUUUACCACAACAGGCGCAGACAAAGAUCCUUAGUAUCUUCAGUAACGCACUUGAGCUUUCCCCGAUGGAUACGAGACAGACUCUUUUCACCUUAGCUGAGUUUAUGGAGACUAAACAGGUAGGCCAAAAACCAAGGCGAGUGACCCUUCAAAAGGAAACAAAGUACACAGUCGAACGAACAAGUACACACUUGAAGUUUGGAAUAAAGUACGACCAAUAUCCUAACCACGGGAUAGUGAUCACGAAGCUGACAGCUGAUGGCUUUGGCAUCACUUCCGGUGUUCCGCUCGGUGGACAGUUGAUUUCGAUCAAUGACAAACCAAUCUACAAUAUCUCAGAGAUUUCAAGCAUGAUUGAGGACCUUAAUAGAAUUGAUCUUACCAUUUCUCACCCUGUUGAAGAGUUUGUGUGCCCUGAAACAUGUAUUCUCAUGGAUAUCGAGAAGCUGGCCAAGGUCGCUUUCAACUCUCAGAUGCACGCCAAGGCCAUUUACUUCAAUGAGGUACUUUUUGAAAAGCUCAAGGCGGGUUUAUUAAAGACUUCUGACACACAAAAUGAAACUGCAAUGCGAUGUCUUCUAAGUGUUGCUGAACGGCUGAUUGAAUUUUACGGUCAUUUAAACCUUACCAUGGUAGCUAGUGGGCUUGUCAAAUAUCUGACUAAUAACUUCUCGGAUACUAUUAUUUCCCCAAAGAGGUUGUGCAUUGAAGAACUCAAUAUUCUUGAGCAGCUUCACUGGUGGAAAGAAGCUCUUAAGCGAUAUCAACUUUUCCUUAACAGCCAAAAUGACGAACCUGUCAACCUGCACGUCUUUUUAGGCAUGCUGAGAUGUGAAGAAGCUUUGGGCAAUAUGGCAAGGGUAAAUGAGGUCAUUGAACAGCAUUGGUGCUAUUUGGACGAGAAAUCCAAACGCGAGGUUGCACCGCACCGUGCUAAGGCUGCAUUCCUAAUGGGUGAAUGGAAUAAGAUUGACCAACUGGCUUCGGAUCCAUUUCUCCUUGAGAAGUUUGGGAGGGUAGAACGCUGCGCUGCGCUCUUUCGCCGUGGAGAAUAUGAUCAGCUUCUCGCGUACACACAGACUAGCCGUGAAUCCAUGCUUGAAUCCUUUUCAGACUCUUUUAACGAAAGCUACAGUCGCUCCUACAACGGAAUUGUGGAAUUGCAAAAUUUGACGCAUUUUGAGGAGCUCGUCUCCUAUGUGCGUUCAAAUCCAGAUCGUAGGUUAAUGCUAAAAAAUUUGUGGCAGCGCCGUAUCUCAAACCUUUCCUCAAGGUCAUCAAACUGGAAGACCAUGAUAUCUAUAAACUCCCUGGUGCUAACGCCCCAAGAAGACUUAGCUUCUGAGAUUAUGGCGAUACAUAAUUUCACGAAAAUGCACUGGCACCAGAUUGCAGAGCAACUUCUUGAUAAGCUUCUGGGCCACGAUCCCCCGAUAAAUGUGCUUUUACAACAAGACCCUGGUCUCAUCCAUGCGUAUAUCAUGCAUCUAUCUGGGACAAAAAGUCGACAAGAGGCGUACACACUGUUAAAAAACAUCUUACUAAGGGUUCAAACUACUAAUGACGAUCUCCAAGCCAAAGAGUGGGGCAUGAACUGGCUCCUUUUGGGUGAGUGGACUAUGACCUUGUUCCCGGGAAAUGAUGAAGAGGCCAUAGAGGAGUUGCUUCGCGCUGUACAGCUCGCCCCAGACAAUUCACUGGCGUACCAUUCAUUGGGUAUUCUGCACUAUGACCUUUCACGCGAUCCUUUGAUGGUACUGAAGACACAAACCGAACACCAAAUCUCUGCCGUCAUUGCCCUCUUCAAGUCCGUGCAGCUUCUCAGUGACCAUUCGAACAGCAAUGUAAUGCAGGACACUUUGUUGAUUUUAUCCAUUUGGCUUAGCCAUUCUACCGUUUCGGAUCUGAACGAGGCAGUCCGUAAAGGUGUUUUGCUGCUGCCAGAUCACGUUUGGUUGCACGUUAUCCCACAGCUUAUCGCUCGGAUUGGUAUCACCGCGAAGCUGGCGAGGUCUAUUCUAGAGGAUCUUUUGGUACGUGUCGGAACUUCAUAUCCACAUGCCCUUAUUUAUCCUCUCACAGUUGCCGAAAAGUCACCAGAAGCGAUUCGACGGCGGAUGGCUGAACAGGUUUUGGCAGGUAUUCGCGUAACUAACAACCAACUUGUCGACGAAGCCUCCUUGAUUAGCAAUGAAAUGGUCCGUAUUGCCAUUCUAUGGACUGAAAAGUGGCAUGCUACGAUUCAGCAAGCGGCAUACAAUCCUGACGACGCGGUUGGAAUUAUGAAGCUUCUCGCUCCAUUGUACGAUGAGUUGGGUCAUGCUAUGACACCAAACGAAUGCAAUUUCGAGAAAACUUUCGGACCACUUUUAAUGCGUGCAAAAGCUGAACUAAAUGAAAGGUCUCUUGACAAGGCCUGGACGUAUUUGAAACAAGCCUAUACCCAACUUUCUAAGAUCUUAUGUGAGCGUCGUUUGUAUAUGAAUGAUAUAUCACCGACCCUUGACAAUAUCCGUGACAGUAUCGUGGCAGUACCAGGCACCUUCUCUCAUGGGAGUUCACUCGUUACAAUACAGAAGUUCCGCAACUACAUUUCAGUGAUGCCCUCUAAACAAAAGCCCAGACGUUUUGGCAUAGACGCAUCUGAUGGGAAAACAUAUUAUUUUCUCCUUAAAGGUCACGAAGAUAUGCGACAAGACGAGAGGGUUAUGCAAUUUAUUGGUCUUAUUAACACUAUUUUCAUGUCUGACAACGCGGCAACUUCAAUUGGACUCAGAAUUUUGCAGUAUGCAGUAAUUCCAUUAACCAACAAUGUUGGCAUCAUUGGUUGGGUUGAGAAAACAGAGACUAUUUAUAAAAUGCUGGAGACGCAUCGUCGUGAAACUGGUGUCUCUAUAUAUGAAGAAAUCAACUUGAUAAUUAAAAAGGGAGAUUUACUUAACAUUGACGAAUAUCACCACCUUCCAAAACAGCAGCGCAAGGCUUUACUAUCAUACGCGAUGGAAUGCACACCAGAUGAUGAACUGUGUCGUAUUUUUUGGAAGCUUAAUGACAGCUGUGAGCAAUGGUUAAACUAUCGUAAUCGAUACGGGUUUUCUCUUGCUGCAAUGUCUAUGGUUGGUUAUGUUCUGGGCCUUGGUGAUCGCCAUUUGAACAACCUUAUGCUCAACGCUAAUGGAAUGGUGGUUCACAUUGACUUUGGAGAUUGUUUUGAGGUUGCAAUGCAACGUGCGCUCUAUGUUGAAUCCGUGCCAUUCAGGCUAACACGUUUGUUAGUUGCCUCACUAGGGAUAACGGGUGUGGAAGGUGUAUACCGUCUGACGUCUGAGUUGGUGAUGCGAAACCUGCGUCGUAAUAGUGAAAAUCUCCUUACUAUUUUAGAAACCUUUAUCUACGAUCCUCUUAUCAAUUGGCGAUUGACUGCACCAACGGACGGUGGUGACAAACUGACUCCAUUGCAUACAGAAAAUAUAUACGUUACAAAUAAUGAACCUCUCAUACUUAAAAACAAAGCGGCUGGACAAGAAAAGUGCUCAAUGCAGUUAUCGAAAACCUAUGCAAAGGCUAUAAAUCAUAUGACAGCGCUUUCCACAGACACCCAAAGCACACCUGAAAAUGGUGGUGAGGAAGAAAUAAGAAAUCAGCAGGGAAACUUAGCACUAGCUCGCGUGCGUGCGAAACUAACAGGACAAGAUUUCGAUGUAAGUAAUAACUCUUUUUCCAUUAAUAAAUCUUCACGGCGUGCAGAAGACGAAAAUUCAAUUUUCAAAGAAACUUCUCUUUCAAGUUCUGUGAAUGGUGUUCAGUUCGCUGAAUCACUGAAGGAUUCCUUCGCAGGACUACCACCCAUGCAGACAUCGUAUUUGUCACUUCGUGCACUGCUAGAUGGUGGUGAUAGUCUUGAUAUUCAGCAACAAGUAGAAAAACUUAUACAGCAAGCUACAAGCAUAGACAACCUUGCAAAUGCAUACUUGACAGGCUGGGCUCCAUUUUGGUGA